UACAAACAGAUCCAUUGUCAUUCAACCGAUCCAUACACUUCAAAUCAAGAAACGUCAACGGUCCUUUUAGUUUUCAAUUCCGCCGACUUUGGACGUUCGCGAUGAAGCUAAACGUAUCAUAUCCCGCGACGGGAUGUCAAAAACUCUUCGAAGUUGUGGAUGAACACAAACUCCGCAUUUUCUAUGACAAGCGGAUGGGAACACAAGUUGACGCUGAUGUACUCGGUGAUGAAUGGAAAGGCUACGUCCUCCGUAUUGCUGGUGGAAACGACAAACAAGGUUUCCCCAUGAAGCAAGGAGUUUUGACAAAUGGCCGUGUACGAUUGCUGUUGAAGAAGGGACAUUCCUGCUACCGUCCCCGGCGCACCGGUGAACGCAAACGCAAGUCGGUCCGCGGCUGCAUUGUUGACGCCAACAUGUCAGUCUUGGCCUUGGUCGUUGUCAAGAAAGGCGAAGGUGAGAUCCCCGGACUCACCGACACCAAUAUUCCAAGACGUCUAGGACCCAAGCGUGCUAGCAAAAUCCGCAAAUUGUACAAUUUGACCAAGGAAGACGAUGUCCGCCGCUUCGUAGUCAGACGCCCCUUGCCCGAACGCAACGGCAAGAAGGCCACCUCAAAGGCACCCAAAAUCCAACGGCUGGUCACACCCGUAGUUUUGCAGCGCAAACGCCGCCGUAUCGCAUUGAGGAAGAAGCGACAGGUCCGUUCCAAGGAAGCCGCCACCGAAUACGCCAAAUUGUUGGCUCAGCGCAAGAAGGAAUCCAAGGUCCGCCGCGAGGAAGCCAAGAGACGGCGAUCCACAUCCUUGCGCGAAUCGAAGAGUUCCGUUUCAAGUGAGAAGAAGUAAAGGAGAUGUUUUUAAGUAAAUAAUAAACCCACGGAGUUUA